AGGGUGAACCCAAAUUCAAUGAACUUCCUCUCUCGAAUUUUCUGUUGUGAUUCGCCGACUGGCUCCUUCUUUUUGGUGAUAAAGCAGGAAGACAAUGGCCACAACUGCAGCUCCAGUGUCAUUUUCCUCUACUAAAGAGACCACCAAUUACGCAAGACUUUGCCGUCUUCUGGUUGAUGUAGGAUGUCAUGUACUAAGAGACACUUUUGACAGCAUUCAUCCUCCAAGUGAUCUUCACAAAAACCUGAUGACACAUCAUGCCAAACUUCAGAUUCUUCAAAAGAAGAGAGUUUUAAAUCCAACACAAUGGGGAAACCUCUACCCUCCAAUACGUACCUCAGUAUCGUCAAAAAACUUUGACAUAACUCUUCUGACAGUCCUACUAAGGAACAUUUGUAGCCUUAGUCCCCCAGUUACUGGAUGGGAUGCACUUCCCCCUGCCACAGAUAUAAGCACAGAGGCUGACAUUGCACGCAUGAAAUACUAUAGAAAUACAGUGUAUGCCCAUGCUGAUAAAGCAUCUGUGGAUGAUGCAAAAUUUAAUGGGUAUUGGCAGGACAUCAGAGAUGCUCUGGUGAGACUUGGAGGACUUGCAUAUGGAGUAGCAAUUGAUGAUCUUAAGAAUGAAUGCAUGGACCCUUUAUUUGAAGAACACUAUAGAGAACUUCUGAAGGAAUGGAAAAGAGAUGAUGAUAAUACCAAAGAAAAACUGGAUGAGAUUCAUUGGAUGCUUGAAGAACUGAUGAAAGCUUCAACAAGCACAUCAUUACCAAAAGAUGUUGAUGAACCAACUGAACUCAUAAAAAGGAUUCGCCAACUUUACCAGACGCGUGAGGGGCGACAUUCACCAUUUCCUUGGUGUGAGGAGUUCAACUUUGACCUUAAUGACAUAUUUACCAGGCCAACCAUUGUCAGGCAAGGUAAAACUAGACGAACAGCAGUAGAACUGGUAACCAGCAUCACUGCAGUCUUCAAACCUCACAGUGGAUACUCCAAGCCCAGAACUGUCCUGAUUGAGGGAGAACCUGGAAUGGGCAAGACAACUUACUGUCAAAAGAUAGCAUAUGACUGGGCAAAUGGUCAAGAAACUGACCCCUCUUUCCCCAAAAUCAAAUUGGUUCUCCUGCUCAAAUGUCAUGAGAUGACAGGCAACAUCUGGGAAGCAAUAGAUGAUCAGCUACUUCCCACAGAUAUUGAAGAGGAUGAAAGAGAGAACUUCUUCAAGUACAUUCGUGACAAUCAGUCCCAGGUACUGCUGGUACUUGAUGGACUGGAUGAAGCACCUCCCAAUCUCAUGAAGCUGUUUUCAGGCCUUGUUGAGAGCAGAGAACUCUCAGAGUGUCACAUCAUUCUUACAUCCAGGCAAGAGGGUAGCGUUAAGAUAAGCAAGUUUUGUGACACCUUAUGUAAAUUGGAAGGAUUUGCUUCUGAAACUUCUCACAGUUACAUCAAUCACUACUUCAAAGACUUGGAGGCACAGGGACAAAAACUUUUGAGUGACAUUGAACAAAAUAUUGAACUUGGAGAACUGAUUGUGAAUCCCUUAUUCACAGCAAUGCUCUGUCUUGUUUAUGAAGAUUUAGAAGGCGGUCUCCCUCUAAGCAAGACUCAAUUGUAUCUUGAAAUCACAGAAUGCAUUCUUAAAAGAUUUUGCCAAAAGCAAGGGCUGUGUCACAGUAAUGGCAACCUAAUUGACGUUUUCAAAGAACAGCUGGGACAAUUGGGAAGAAUAGCCUUGGAGGCCUUGAAGCGAGAUAUGGUGCAUAUUGAAGAGGGUGAAUUAACUGGUACAAGAAGAAACUCACCUUUAUUUGAAUUCUUGUCAGUUCAGUCCAGCAGCAGCAAAAGAAGAUUCCAUACAUGCUUUCGAUUUUCACACAAGAGUUUUCAAGAAUUCUUUGCAGGUGUUUAUCUCUCUGGUCAAAUUUCAAAAGGGGAGACAAACUUUGAGAGACUGCUUGCAAAUGAAAGAGGAAACUUAAAGGUUAUUGAACAAGUCCUUUUGUUCACAGUCGGUAUUCUUGGCCAUAAAAGUGGGAUUGAUGCCGUGUCACUUUUAAAGAUCAUUACUGAGAAAAGCAAUCUCUCCCAAAAAAGUUGUUUACCAAAUUUUUAUCUGUCUUUUGCUCUGAAGACCAUUGGUGAAUGCUCCACAGAAAAUUCAAAACUUCGAUCCCAGAUGAUACAUUUAUUUGGCACAAACCUACAGCUUCAAUACUUGAUAAUAACUGACAACAGCUUCCCCAUUAAUUUGCUUCUUGAGGCCCUUCAAGUUAACAGCACAAUGACCUAUUUGCACAUUGAUGCUCUAUUUUUGGAAGGCCACUAUAUUGUGUCAUUGGCAAACAUGCUUCAGGUUAAUAAAACUUUAACUACAGUUUUUCUUCCUGCAAGUUGCUUUGUCAGUGGAUACAGUGUGCAGCUACUGGUAGAUGCUCUAAUGGUUAAUACAACACUGCUUCACUUAUACCUUGGCGGUAGUGCAUGGGGCAAUGAUGGAGCCAGGAUCUUGGUGGGCUAUUUGAAAAGAAAUAAAACCUUGAGUGCCUUACAUCUAAAUUGGAGUGACAUUGAUGAUGCAGGAGCCACAGCACUUGCAGAGGUUUUAUGGACUAACACCACUUUAACUGUUUUGGACCUUUGCCAAAACCCUGGCAUUGGUAAUCCUGGUGCUAUGUCAUUAUGUGAGGCUCUGAAAGUCAACAAAAUUCUUGACUCAUUGGACUUGUCUGGAACUGGUAUCAGUGAUCAAGGUGUUCAUUCUCUUGCAGGAGUUCUUAAAACUAAUACCUGCAGCCUAGCCUCUUUGUCACUGUCAGAAAUCAAAAUAAGUCAUCAAAGUUUUAAGUCUAUGGCAGAAGUCUUGAGAGUCAACUCUACUUUGAAAGAACUUGAAUUCCAAGGAAACAAGGUUGGUGUUGGUGGUGCCAGGUUAAUAACUAAAAGCCUUAAAGUUAAUACCACCCUGAAAAUUCUUGACCUCUCAAGGAACAACUUCAAAGCAUCAUGUGGUCGUUUACUUUCUGAUGCUCUUAAAGUUAAUGGGACACUGGAAUGUCUGAUUUUGGCUGAGAAUGCCCUUGGUGCUCGUGGUGCCCAACUUCUAUCAGAGGGGUUCAGGGUGAAUACCUCUCUAAAACAUCUGGACCUUUGUUUCCACAAUGCAGAUCGUUCUUCCUUAUUGUUAAGUGAUUUCGUAUGCUCUUUCCCUCUGGUAUACGCGCUCCUGGCUGUUUCCCCUACCAAACUGACUCAACAUCUGGACCUGUCUAGGAAUUCCAUUGGAGAGGAAGGUGCAGAUUCAAUUGCAGAGACCAUCAGAGUUAAUGCUACACUAACUCACUUACUGCUAUCAGGGAACAAUAUUGGUGAUCGUGGAGCCAAAAAAGUCUCAGAAGCUCUUAAGGUCAAUGUCUCUCUGAAGGACCUGAAUCUGUCAUACAAUUGCAUAUUUGCUGCUGGAGCUGAUUCAAUUGCUGAGACUCUUAAAAGUAAUGCUACUGUCACUGAUUUAGACCUUACUUCUAAUUUCAUUGGUGAUAAUGGAGCCCAGUCACUUUGUGAGGCUUUUAAGACCAAUACCACCUUGACUGCCCUGGAUGUUUCUAACAACAAUAUCCAUUCAGCUGGUGCUCAGGCAUUUGUUGAGCUCCAACAACACAACAACACCCUAAGGCGUGUAGUUUUGACAAUGAACAAUAUUGGUGGUUUAGGUGAACUUGGAGAUCAAGAACUUGAUGAAGUACCCAUGGGAAGCUUGUCUCUUUCCCCUUUUUCACUGGAUUUUUCACAGCGAUUUAAUAAUCAAGGAACUUUAAGUUUGCUUUUGUCUGAAGAAUCUUUGAUGCUUCCUCGACAAUAACACAUUUUGUAAAUUAACAUAUGGAAUCAAGUUGUAAAAUGCAAAUUGCAUCUCCGUGCUUGAUGUGGUAAGACUGACACCCAUGACAAAGUUGUUUCUUAGUCAUUAGUCAAUCCAAUCUGGCUGGAUAGUAUAAUUAUAAGUAAGACCAGAACAAAUUUGUUAUUGUCAUUUGUUUUCAAACACAACAGUCCAUUAACUUUGGGGUUAUCAAUUAGAUUUAUUAGGUGACUGAGGAUUUCAAUAUACAUCUGUAUCAACUUGCCAAUGGUGCCGGUAAAAAAAAACUAAGCUUUAUUUGCUGAUUAUUUCUAGGUUGAGAAUGGGUUUUUCCAAGAGUGAGCAAACUUGAAAAAUAUGUGAUAUGAAAUUGAAAUGAAAUGUACUGUAUCAUUUUGAAGGAAAGCUUUAAGAUGUUUAAGAGUUUUUGUCUACACUUAAUCUCUUAGAACGUUCUGAAUUUUUCUCUUCUUUCGCUCUUGCAAAAAUCCAUUCCCAUUCUUAAUAAUUAUGCAAACAUGAAGAACUCUAUCCUUUCCCCUCUGCAAAUAAUCUGGCAAAAAAUUCCCAUGGACCGUUAAACCCAGCAAGAGAGCCAUGAUCCUUCAUAAAUUCAUAAAAUGACAUGUAGUGUUUCAUGGUCAGUGAAACAUUCGGAUUCAACCAAAUUACAUGUACACGACACAGAUACAACUCAUAUCGUAAUGGUCUGAAAGCAAGGAAGUAUAGUUCAUCGUGAAAACAUUGUAAACUUUAUCUGAAAUACAAAUUGAUUACUGACUUUUUCAAUAGCACGUUCUGAUAGUGUUCUUAGUAUCUCAUUAUUAUUUUAUUAUAACUUUAACUUGAAAUGUGCAUAUUUUAUAGUAUGUAGUGAUAACAUUUAUUAUAUGAUUAAUUCUUAAAUAGGCAUGUUUAUAUGGUUUUUAAUUGCAUUGUCACCAAAAAGCCCCACCAGGGUGUCAAUAAAUUGUAUUGUAUUGUA